AUGUCAACAAGACGAGGACACAUAACGCAAAGCCAAGGUCAACAGAGGUCGAGGUCCGAGGUUGAGGAGGUUGAGGACAAACAUUCAACAGAGGUCGAUGCCCGAGGUCAAGGACAAGCAUCAAAGCCAAGGUCAAAAGAGACUGAGGUCCAUCAUCGAGAUGCCAAUGCUACUGGUACGUCUAAGACCAAGGACUUAGGUCAAAUGUCUGAAGUUGAGGACAGAAAGGCAGUUGCCAAGAUCAACAGAGGCCGAGUCUGA